AUGGUGUCAAUUAAUUUUAGUGAAUUAGAAGUUAUUUCAAGAAUAAAUGAAUAUGAAAGAGAUCUCUUUUUUAGUAAAUUAGAAGGUAAAUUUGAUAGAUUCAUUAAUUUUAUAGAUAGCAAUAUUUACAUUCUAGAAGAAAAUAAUUUAAAUGAGUUAAUUAUAAACGAGAUACUUAUUUUGAGAAGAAUUAUUAACAGAUUUAAUAAGAACUCAGGGUUUAUAUUUCCAAGUGAUUAUAAAAAGUAUAUAAAUGAUCAAUUAAAGAGAGUUGGGGAGAAACUGUUUGAGAUAGAAUAUUCUAAAUUGAUAAAUUUUAGAACAUAUGAAAACGUAGAUAGAAUUACUUAUUUACUAACUAAGUUAUUUCCAAUUAAAUUAGUAAAAGAAUAUUUAAUAGAAAGUAAGUAUCCUAAUGAUGUAACUAAGAUAAGAGAAGAGAAAAAUAGAGUUGAAUUCUUUAGAUAUGAAAUGUUUAAUAAUAUGAAAAACGACAUUCCUCUUACUGAUGAAAUAUUCUCAGAUGAAUACUCUUAUAAAAAGAUUAAGGUUGAAUCAAUGUCAGAAAUUAAUAUUGAUAAUACAGAAGAUAAUUUGUUUGUUAUAAGAUACAAAAGAAGAAUAUUUAAAUUUAAAAAGUUUCAUAUUUAUGUCGAUUCGGAUAUUGAGAUUGGUGAUCAUAAUAAAAAUUUUAGAUUCGUUAAUUUUAACAUAAUUAAAGUAGAUAAGAGGCUUUCUUAUAAAAUAGAAACUACAAAAGAAUUUGAUAUGUUAAGAUCUUUUUAUAAAUAUAAGUUAAAAGAAGAAAUCAAUUCAGCAAAUGAAUUAGUUGUUGUUAAUUCUCUAAACUCAAAUAACUUACCAACUAACUUAUCAGAUAAAAAUUGGUUAUACUUGUCAGUGUCAUUGGGAUCACUAGGGACUUUCUUUCUUAACUUUAAUAAAGCUCAUAACUCGGGUGUUUUAUUUAUGUUUGUAUCAAUCCUAUUUGGAUUGUAUUCAAUAUUUUUAAGGUUAGAUAAUAAUUCUUUGCACAUUUCAGGUGAUUUUUCUGAAAUGCCUGUAUUACUGAUGGGAAUUUUCCUUUUAACACUUUUAGUGAUAUUCUACUCUCAGUUCUAA